GGAGCUUGGCGGGCAACGUAGCGACGAUUGGUCGGUCUUCUCUCUUAUAGUCGAUGGUCGUCGCAAUCAUCCGGCUGAGUAUCGGUUCGAGUUUUCCCAGGAAAACACUACUUCUCGCGGACCCAUUGUCACCGACGCGUCGGCGAAGUCGAACCGAAGGAGGAUUCAUCGUGCGUGUACACCGAGCACCCGAGAUUCGUAAAACAUGAGUUCAAGCACUUGUUACAAGUGUAACCGGAUGGGCCACUACGCACGAGAGUGCCCACAAGGUGGUGGUGCUGGUGCCAGAGGUGAUCGUGGACGUGACCGAGAAGGUGGCUUUGGACGCGGUCGUGACAAAUGCUAUAAGUGCAACCAAUUUGGACACUUCGCACGCGAAUGUAAAGAGGAUCAGGAUCUUUGCUACCGUUGUAAUGGUGUUGGACACAUUGCAAAAGACUGUCAACAGAGCCCUGAGAUGAGCUGUUUCAACUGCAACAAGACUGGUCAUAUUGCGCGCAGUUGCCCGGAGGGUGGUAAUGAUUCUGGACGCUUUGCUAUGCAAAGUUGCUACAACUGUAACAAGACAGGUCAUAUCGCUCGCAACUGUACCGAGGCUGGAGGCAAGACGUGCUACAUUUGUGGCAAAACUGGUCACAUAAGCCGUGAAUGUGAUCAGGAUGACAGGAAGUAGGAUAUAACCGGAAUCCGUGCCGCUCGCUUAACGAUAAGCCGUUUACUGUCGCGCGCGCUACUACCGGGAAUUGUAGCUAGGUAGGGAUGUGCGAACGUACGUUUCGUUGAUGCGGUAUAAUCGCUAAAAACGCGUUUCGUCAUAAUCGUUCGAGUUUCAAUCUCUCCAUGCCCAACUCCCGGAAGCCCAUUUUAUUCCUAAUUUCUUUCCCCUCUAAACAUCGUUGUUCUCUUCGCAAGGGUUUUUUCUUAUGAUGUCUUUGUUUUUAUUGCUGUUACACUACACCGUACAUGCGCGCGCGCGCACAAAGUACAUUUACACAUAGGACACAUUCAAGCAUUACAUGAAUACACACACUAUUACAAUGUAAUAAUAUUAUAAACAUUCGAUUGAAUUAGAGUAGAGACAUGAAUCCUCUGUCCCUUGACCUUCAAAACUAUCUCGUACGCGCAUUGUUUUGUGAUGCAAGAUGUAUGGAUUCUUGAUAUACUUCGAAAAGAAGAAAGUAAUUAAAUUCGAAUCAACAUUUAUUGCGUUAUAUUUUGUCAGCCCGACAAAAUAUCAUUACGUUCGUCGAACGUUCAUAUUGAAACAAGACAGAUUAUGCAAUGAUGAAAUUGAAAUGAUAGUUACAGUUUUUCGUACAUGAGAGGGAUACAAUGCUAUGAACAAAAAUUGUGAUAAGUCUGACGUUAUGUUCGUUUCUCACAUCCACGCAUCUUGUAUCCGGUCCUCCCUCUCGAACUCUCUAGCAACUCAAAAAGGAAGAAAAAAAAAAGAAAUUCAGAAUUAAUGGGAAAGGAAAUGAACAUGCCGGCCCUGAAUACAUAUAAAUAAGGUUUAGUGACGCCAAUUUUUAGUAUGUAAGGAUGUAAUGAGGAUCGUUGAAUCAUUAAUUUUAUAACGAACCUAGUUUCAGAUCUCGGUAAAGAAAUGCACAAUUGUAAGAUUGUCAGUGUUUACGAGUUUAUAUACAGUUAUACUUGAGCUAUUAAGGUAGAUUCUGAUAAACUAGGGCAUAAAUGUGCUUUGUACGUCAGAUUCUUCAAGUGAAAAUGAACGCAAGUACUGGUAUGAUCGUCAAGUGGUCGUUGUAACGUAUAUAUGUAUAUAUACAUAUAAACACAGAAGUCUGUACAAGUUUGCACAUUUUGUACCAAAAAUCAUGAUUGUUAUAUUGAGAGUCACCAUUGUUCAUACUGUCAGCGAUUGUUACGGAUUUCAGAGGAUGCUGUUGCAUUUUACCUUACUAUAUCCUUACAUAUGAUGAAAUAUUUCGUUACUAGGUACAUGUAUAUAUAUAUGUAUAUAUGCAUAGAGAUGUGUGUAUACAUAUAUAAAUACAUAUAUUGCAGGAGCUGUAUUUUGUACUGUAAAAAGGUAGAUAUACUCUGGUCGUUGCUGGUGACUAAUUCCAAUAUUUCUUUUAUUUAUACAUCACAGGAAAACGAAGUUACUUUAAUGUAUAAAAUAUUGCACUAAUCAUUUUUAUAAGUUGUAGAACGAAAAAUUUUUAGAUACGAUUUGUCUAUUACUUUUUUUUUGUCAAACAUCUGCCGAAAAUCAUGAGGUGAUAAAAAUGAAACAAGCGUUAUGAAUUUAAAAGUCUUGAAUAUCUCUCUCUCCGAACACUGUGGUAUUAGGAGACUAUUAGGUUUACUACAAGUACAAAGAUGUGCAGAGUUUUUUCUAAAAAAAAAAAGGGAUUAGAAAAAAGAAAAAUGAAGAAGGAAAAAA